AUGCAGCCCUUAGGGCCUCCCCCUCCCUUCGGGGGUAUGGGAGGCUCCCAGCCUCCUCCAGUAGCUGGGGGAGGACCUGCUGCUGCUGCUGCUGCUGCUGCUGCUGCUGCUGCUGCAACUGCUGCUGCAGUGGCAGCAGGUGCUGUCCCUCCUCCGCCGCAGCUGCAGCAGCAACAGCCCCAGCCACCUGCCUACUCUCCUCCUCCUCCUGGUUAUGCGGGCCCCCGGCCCCCGCCUCCUUCAGGGUUUGUUGGUGCUGCAGCGCCUGCUGUUGCUAAUCAGAGAGGCGCUAUGCCUGUUCCUGCAUGGAUGCAGCAGCAGCAGCAGCAGCAACAGCAGCAGCAGCCGUUUCCUUUCAGGCCUCCCCCUUUCCCGCAGCAGCAACCGCCGCCGCCCGCACCCCCUAUGGCAGCAGCAGCAGCUGCAGCAGCAGCAGCAGUAGCAGCAGCAACCGCAGCACCUCCUCCUCCUCCUAUGAAUUUUCAGCAGCAGCACCUUCCACCACAGGGUGCGGAGAAGAAAGAGCAGCAGCAGCACAUACCCCCUCAGCCCCCUCAGCCGCCUCAGCCGCCCCAGCAGCAGCAGCAGCAGUUUAUGAAGCCCCCUCAGCAGCAGAAUGUGCAGCAGGGUGUGCGAGCUAAAGCAAAGACGCAAGAGGAGUUGCUGCAGGAGAAAGCGAGGAAGUGGCAGCAGCUAACUUCAAAGAGAUAUUCUUCACGUCAAAUAUCGGGGUGUACGUACACCGAGAAGGAGCCUAUGCCUCCUGAACAUCUUCGGAAGUUAGUUAAAGACCAUGGAGACAUGAGCAGCAGGAAGUUUAGACAUGAUAGAAGGGUUUAUCUAGGGGCUUUGAAGUUCUUGCCGCAUGCAGUGUAUAAACUAUUAGAGAAUAUGCCGAUGCCGUGGGAGCAAGCUAGAAAUGUUAAAGUUUUAUAUCAUUCAACAGGGGCUAUAACGUUUGUUGCUGAGGUUCCCUUCGUUAUAGAACCUGUUUAUUUAGCUCAGUGGGGCUCUGUUUGGAUACUAAUGAGGAGAGAGAAGAGAGACAGACGGCAUUUCAAACGCAUGCGCUUCCCGCCGUUUGAUGAUGAAGAGCCGCCCCUUGACUACGGCGAGAACGUUCUUGCAGUGGAGCCUUUAGAUGCAAUUAGAAUGGAUCUAGAUGAAGAAGAAGAUGCCCCUGUAGCAGAUUGGUUGUACAGCAGCAAGCCGCUUCAAUACGAUGCAGCAUAUGUUAAGGGUCCUAGCUAUAGGCGGUGGAGGCUGGAAGUGCAGCAGCUAGCUGUACUGCAGCGUCUUGCUCAUCAAUUGCUUUCAGAUUUACAAGACACAAAUUAUUUUUAUUUGUUUAAUUUAGAGUCUUUCUGUACAGCAAAGGCGUUAAACUUAGCUAUCCCUGGAGGCCCUAAGUUUGAACCUUUGUUCAGAGAUGUGCAUGAAGAAGAUGAAGACUGGAAUGAGUUUAACGACGUCUGCAAGAUCAUCAUUCGUCAGCAAAUACGUACAGAGUACCGCGUAGCGUUUCCUCACCUUUAUAACAACAGACCUAGACGCGUCGUGCUGCCUCCUUAUCACUCUCCUGCUGUCUCCUUCGUUAAACCUGAAGACCCCGACCUUCCUGCCUUUUACUUCGAUCCCAUCAUCAACCCCCUCCCGGCCUAUAAAAUGAAUGCUUAUACUGACGCACUCGUUGAUCCUUCAAUAGUCGAAGGCUUACAAUUACCUGCUGUAUUGCGGCCUUUCUUAGAAGAGAGCCCUCUCUGUACAGACACAACAGCAGCGGGUAUUUCUCUUUACUGGUCUUGCAGGCCUUUCAAUCUGCGUGCAGGACGCAUGAGGAGAGCACAAGAUGUUCCUCUUGUUCAGACGUGGUUUAGAGAACAUGCACCACAGAAUUAUCCAGUAAAGGUUAGGGUUUCGUAUCAGAAGUUACUGAAGUGCUGGGUGUUGUCGCAUCUUCACUCACGACCACCCAAGAGUUUGAAGAAAAGGAAUUUAUUCCGAGUGUUUAAAACUACAAAAUUCUUUCAAACCACGGAGAUCGAUUGGGUGGAGGCUGGGCUGCAAGUUUCUCGUCAAGGUUAUAACAUGCUGAACCUCCUUAUACACCGCAAGAACUUGAAUUACCUUCAUUUAGACUAUAACUUUAACUUAAAGCCUGUCAAGACCCUCACCACCAAAGAAAGAAAGAAAUCUCGCUUUGGAAAUGCCUUCCAUCUCUGCAGAGAAAUACUAAGACUUACGAAACUUACCGUUGACUCUCACGUACAAUUCAGGCUGGGGAAUGUUGAUGCAUUUCAGCUGGCCGAUGGUCUUCAGUACAUCUUCGCGCAUGUUGGACAGCUCACAGGGAUGUAUCGGUACAAGUACCGUCUCAUGCGUCAGGUGCGCAUGUGCAAGGACUUGAAACACCUAAUAUACUAUCGUUUUAACACAGGACCUGUAGGUAAAGGCCCUGGGUGCGGCUUCUGGGCCCCUGGAUGGAGAGUGUGGUUGUUCUUUUUACGCGGUGUAUUGCCUCUGUUGGAGCGCUGGCUGGGGAAUUUGUUAGCCCGUCAGUUUGAAGGGCGCGUAUCAAAGGGAACAGCGAAGACGGUGACGAAGCAGCGCGUUGAGUCACACUUCGAUUUAGAACUCCGUGCUGCUGUUAUGCACGACAUUCUAGAUAUUAUGCCAGAGGGUGUAAAGGCUUCAAAAGCUAGAACUAUUUUGCAGCACUUGUCGGAGGCGUGGAGGUGCUGGAAGGCAAAUAUCCCCUGGAAAGUACCAGGGCUACCAGCCCCCAUCGAAAAUAUGAUCUUAAGGUAUGUGAAGAUGAAGGCUGACUGGUGGACGAACGCAGCAUAUUAUAAUCGAGAGAGGAUUAGGCGGGGUGCGACAGUUGAUAAGACAGUGUGCAGAAAGAAUUUGGGUCGGCUGACUCGUUUGUGGUUGAAAGCAGAGCAAGAAAGACAGCAUUCUUACUUGAAGGACGGGCCCUAUAUAACGGGUGAAGAGGCUGUUGCAGUGUAUACAACUGCUGUUCACUGGUUAGAGUCAAGAAGGUUUACGCAUAUACCUUUCCCUCCUUUGAAUUAUAAACAUGAUACAAAGCUGCUUAUAUUAGCACUUGAAAGAUUAAAAGAAUUCUAUUCUGUUAAAUCAAGACUUAAUCAAAGUCAAAGAGAAGAAUUAGGGUUAAUUGAACAAGCUUAUGAUAACCCUCAUGAAGCUCUUUCUCGUAUAAAACGACAUCUACUUACUCAGAGGGCUUUUAAAGAGCUUCGCUUAGAGUUUAUGGAUCUAUACUCUCAUUUAAUCCCUAUCUAUGAGAUAGAUCCGCUCGAAAAGAUUACAGACGCAUACUUAGACCAGUAUCUCUGGUAUGAAGGCGAUAGCAGACAUCUCUUCCCUUCUUGGGUCAAACCCUCAGACAGCGAACCUCCUCCUCUUCUCGUCUUCAAGUUCUGUCAGGGUAUUAAUAAUUUAACUGACGUGUGGAAUACAGACGACGGAGAGAGUCUUGUGCUACUCGAAAGCAAGUUCGAAAAGGUGUACGAGAAGGUGGAUCUAACGUUGUUGAAUCGUCUUCUACGUUUAAUUGUUGAUCAUAACGUAGCGGAUUACAUUACUGCGAAGAACAACGUUAGCAUAAGUUUUAAGGAUAUGUCUCACGUGAAUUCGUUUGGGUUAAUCAGAGGGCUGCAGUUCUCUUCAUUUGUCUUUCAAUAUUAUGCUCUCAUCCUUGACCUGCUACUCUUAGGUCUUACCCGAGCAACAGAUAUUGCAGGGCCCCCAGCCCUUCCAAAUGAAUUCUUAUCUUUCACCGAUGUACAGACAGAAACUAGACAUCCAAUUCGUCUCUACUGCAGAUACAUCGAUCGGUUCUGGGUUGUGUUUAAAUUCACAAAAGAAGAAAGCAGAGAUUUAGUGCAGAGAUAUCUCACAGAAAACCCUGACCCCAACAACGAAAACGUCGUCGGAUAUCCAAACAAGACCUGCUGGCCCAGAGAUUGCCGGAUGCGCAGAAUGAAGAGGGAUGUGAAUUUAGGACGAGCGGUUUUCUGGGAGAUUUCGAACCGUCUUCCUCGUUCAUUAACGACAUUAAAUUGGUCUUCUUCUUUUGCUUCAGUUUAUUCAUUAGAUAAUCCAAACUUAUUGUUCUCAAUGGGGGGCUUUGAAUGCCGCAUCCUCCCGAAAGUGCGCAUGCAAACUGAAGAAUUUUCACAAAGAGAAGGGGCUUGGAAGCUGCAAAAUGAAACAACAAAAGAAUUAGCUGCACAAGCUUUCUUAAAAGUAGGAGAUGAGGGUAUGAGAAGAUUUGAGAAUCGUGUACGCAUGGUUCUGAUGUCUAGCGGAGCAACAACUUUUACAAAGAUUGCAAACAAGUGGAAUACAACAUUGAUAUCUUUGAUGACAUAUUUCCGUGAGGCUGUAAUUCAUACAGAAGCUCUGUUAGAUCUUCUUGUUAAAUGUGAAAAUAAAAUUCAAACCCGUAUUAAGAUCGGUCUUAACUCUAAAAUGCCUUCUCGUUUCCCUCCAGUUGUUUUCUACACUCCGAAAGAGUUAGGAGGGUUAGGUAUGUUGUCUAUGGGGCAUAUAUUAAUCCCUCAGUCUGAUCUUCGUUAUAGUCAGCAGACAGACGCUGGGAUUACACAUUUCAGAUCGGGUAUGUCUCAUGAAGAGGAUCAGCUUAUACCGAAUCUCUACCGUUAUAUUCAAACUUGGGAGAGCGAAUUUAUUGAAUCUCAGAGGGUAUGGGCUGAAUAUGCAUUAAAAAGAGGUGAAGCAGCAGCACAAAAUAGAAGAUUAACAUUAGAAGAUUUAGAAGAUAGCUGGGAUAGAGGUAUUCCUCGUAUUAAUACUUUAUUUCAAAAAGAUAGACAUACUCUUGCUUAUGAUAAAGGCUGGAGAGUGCGCGAAGAUUUCAGACAAUAUCAACAACUUAAAGCUCAUCCUUUCUGGUGGACCCAUCAACGUCACGACGGUAAACUUUGGAAUCUAAACAACUAUAGGACAGACAUGAUUCAGGCUUUAGGCGGUGUAGAAGGUAUAUUAGAGCACACUCUCUUCAAAGGAACGUACUUCCCUACUUGGGAAGGUCUCUUCUGGGAAAAAGCUUCAGGGUUUGAAGAGAGUAUGAAGUACAAGAAGCUGACGAAUGCGCAGAGGUCUGGACUUAACCAAAUUCCAAACAGAAGAUUUACUCUCUGGUGGUCUCCCACCAUCAACAGAGCGAACGUCUACGUUGGUUUCCAGGUGCAACUGGACUUGACUGGUAUCUUCAUGCACGGGAAGAUUCCGACUCUGAAGAUUUCUUUGAUUCAGAUAUUCAGAGCCCAUCUCUGGCAGAAGGUUCAUGAAUCUAUUGUCAUGGACUUGUGUCAGGUCUUUGACAUGGAGUUGGAUUCUCUGGAGGUGGAGAUGGUUCAGAAGGAAACAAUUCACCCGCGCAAGUCGUACAAGAUGAAUUCUUCUUGUGCUGAUAUUUUGUUGUUUGCUUCCUACAAAUGGCCUAUCUCAAAACCCUCUCUUCUCGCCGAAGCAAAAGAUGUUAUGGAAGGCGCCACGGCAACCAAACACUGGCUGGACGUACAGCUGCGUUGGGGUGACUACGACAGCCACGACAUUGAGCGUUACGUGCGUUCAAAGUUUUUGGAUUACACCACCGACAACAUGUCUAUUUAUCCUUCGCCUUCUGGCGUAUUGGUUGGCAUCGAUUUGGCGUAUAAUCUGCACUCCGCCUUCGGUCAUUGGCUACCAGGCCUCAAGCCUCUUAUGCAAAGAGCCAUGAACAAAAUCAUGAAAGCGAAUCCUGCGUUAUACGUGUUGCGUGAACGAAUUCGAAAGGGUUUGCAGCUGUAUUCAUCAGAGCCUACGGAGCCGUAUUUGAACUCACAGAACUAUGGAGAGUUGUUUUCCAAUCAAACAGUUUGGUUCAUUGACGACACCAACGUCUACCGAGUCACCAUCCACAAGACCUUUGAAGGCAACCUUACCACCAAACCCGUCAACGGGGUCAUCUUCAUAUUCAAUCCAAGAACAGGGCAAUUGUUCUUGAAGAUCAUCCACACAUCUGUUUGGGCUGGACAGAAGCGUUUAACUCAAUUGGCGCGUUGGAAGACAGCAGAAGAAGUGGCGGCUUUGAUUCGUUCUCUUCCUGUGGAAGAACAGCCUAAGCAGAUUAUUGCAACUCGAAAGGGUAUGUUGGAUCCUCUGGAGGUGCAUUUGUUGGAUUUCCCCAACAUCGUGAUUAAAGGAAGCGAGUUGAAUUUGCCAUUCCAAGCGUUGAUGAAGAUUGAGAAGUUUGGAGAUAUGAUUCUUCGGGCUACUCAACCAGAAAUGGUUUUGUUCAACUUAUUUGAUGAUUGGCUUCAAUCCAUUUCUGCAUAUACCGCAUUCUCUCGUAUGCUUCUAUUACUCCGAGCUUUGCAAGUGAACACGGAGAGAACGAAGGUCGUUUUGAAACCAAACAAAUCAACGAUAACGCAGCCGCAUCAUAUUUGGCCUAGCCUGACGGAUGAAGAAUGGAUUCAUGUUGAAGUCACAUUAAAAGAUUUGAUUCUUGCAGAUUAUGCAAAGAAAAAUAACGUAAAUGUUGCAUCUCUUACGCAAUCCGAAAUCCGAGAUAUCAUACUUGGUAUGGAAAUCGCUCCUCCUUCGCUCCAGCGCCAGCAGAUUGCAGAAAUUGAAACUCAGGCCAGAGAACAACAACAGGUGACUUCAACGACAACGAAGAGCGUCAAUAUCCAUGGAGAGGAGAUCAUCGUGGCCACUCAAUCGCCUCAUGAACAACAAGUUUUCGCUUCGAAGACCGAUUGGAGAGUGCGAGCUAUUGCAGCAUCUUCUUUACAUCUGAGGACUCAACAUGUGUACGUGAACAGCGAUGAAGUGGUCGACUCCGGGUGUACGUACAUCAUGCCCAAGAACCUGUUGAAGAAAUUCAUUUCCAUUGCAGAUCUAAGAACUCAAGUCGCUGCUUUCUUAUACGGAAUCUCACCUCCAGACAAUCAAAACGUUAAAGAAAUCAAAUGUAUGGUCCUUCCUCCUCAAGUAGCAAGUCAUCAAGGUGUUUCCUUGCCUCAACAGCUGCCUUCCCAUCCGUAUCUUUCAUCUCUUGAACCUCUCGGAUGGAUCCACACCCAGCCGAACGAGAAUCCUCAACUUCUACCAAGAGAUGUUCUUCUUCAUGCAAAGAUAUUAAAUGAAAAUAAAACAUGGGAUGCAAAUGUUGCAGUCGUCAUCACUUGCGCAUUCACCCCUGGUAGCUGCUCUCUCACUGCUUACAGACUAACACCCCAAGGAUAUCAGUGGGGAAAGUCCAACAAGGAUAGCACUAUGAACCCCGCGGGUUACGUAAAAGGACAUGCAGAGCGCGUGCAGAUGUUAUUAUCAGAUGUUCUUUUAGGCUUCUUCCUUGUCCCUGCUGAGGGAGGGGGUAUUUGGAAUUAUAACUUUAUGGGAGUCAAGUUCUCGCCUUCGAUGAAAUACAACCUCAUACUCGAUACACCCAAGGACUAUUACCAUGAAACACACAGGCCGGCGCACUUUGUGCAGUUUACUCAACUUGAACAGCAAGAGGCAGACGUCGGAGACAGAGAGGAUCUCUUCGCUUGA